UGCUGCAGAACGGAGCGAGACGAACUGGCCCAGAGUCAACACAGUGUUUCGGUGCCAGUGUCAAGGCGGGCACUGGCUGACUUCUGUCCGCCAAGAACCGCAAUAUUAGCCCAUCUCCUUUUUGUGCAGGAAGAACACAGUAACAACAAACAGCUAGGAUGACCAGCUCCAGGUUUAAGAGUUCUCGUGUGGCUGUGCUGCUGCUGGGAGGUGUUAGUGUGGUGGUGACUGUCAUGUACCUCCAUCUGGCCUCAGAGGUUGCCCAACUCCAUACUUCAAUGUACCCUAGUUCUGCCAUGAGCUACCAGCAGCAGGUUGCUCAGUUUGGAGGAGCAGGAGGAGCACUAGACCUCAAUAGUCUAGUAGUGAUCUACAACAGAGUCCCUAAGACUGGCUCCACCUCAUUCAUUGGUCUUGCUUAUGACCUCUGUGCCAGGAACAAGUUCAAUGUUAUCCACCUGAACACCACUAAGAACACACCAACACUCUCUCUCACUGACCAGAUGCGAUUUGUGUACAAUGUCUCAAACUGGUUAGAAAAGAAACCAGGAAUAUAUCAUGGCCAUCUUGCCUACCUGGAUUUUAGCAGGUUUGGGGUGAGUCGCCAACCUAUAUACAUCAACUUAAUCAGGAAGCCACUGGAUCGUCUGGUGUCUUACUAUUACUUUGUGCGCUAUGGAGAUGACCUGCGACCCAACCACAUCCGUCGUAGGAUGGGAGAUAAGAUGACCUUGGAUGAGUGUGUUGUUAUGGAACACCCAGAUUGCUCCACAACCCACCUCUGGAUUCAGGUUCCCUUCUUCUGUGGUCACCAUGCUGAGUGCUGGGUUCCAGGAUCCAAUUGGGCCCUGGAACAAGCCAAACACAACCUGAUCCACAAGUACUUUUUGGUGGGAGUGACUGAAGAGAUGGGGGAUUUUGUGGCCAUGCUGGACUACUCUUUACCUCGUAUCUUCAAGGGAGCCUAUGACUUGUAUCUAUCAGGUGUCAAGUCACAUUUACGCAAAACUGUAAAGAAAGUCCUACCUUCCCAGGAAACCAUAGCCAAGCUUCAAAACACUAAGGUAUGGAGAUUAGAAAAUGAGUUUUACAACUUUGCUUUAGAUCACUUCCACUUUCUGAGAAAAAAGACCUUAGUGGAAGCAGGAGAAGGUGGACGUCAAGUGGACAGAGGCCAGAAGUUUGCGUAUGAAAAAAUAAAGCCAAAAAGAAAUUAAGUGAUUACAUUCUACACAUUUCUUUUUCAGCAGAUAUGUAUUUAUUUGUAGUGCUUCAAAGAUGCAUAUACUGAACUCAAGUGCCUAUUGUAAUGAUCCAAGCUGUAGAAAUGCUCCAUGAAGUAUUUUUAACCCCACUAGGAUUCACAUUUGAACUACACGUGUGUGAGUUUCAUGUAGGACCCUAGAUGGCAGGUUGGUUCCUCCCCAAGGAGGAGGAUGAACGAGAAGAUGACAGCCAUUAAUGGCCUUGAUCUCCUUAGCAGUAGCAUGUCUAGAAGCCACCUACCAAACCUGGGUCAACCCUCUUAUCAGGUAUAGUGGUAUAGCAACAUCUGUGUAUAAUUAGGAAGAGUCUAUAAAUCUGGGAUCACAAUACCCCUGUGAAGUGUGAUAACAUAUGUUGUGUUUCUUUCGGGGAACUAGGGAGACACCAAAAACAGUACCAAUGGUCUUACUGUUCAGGAUUAGUUAGAGUGUCUGUCGGUCACCCUAAUAAGUCCUCCAAGGCUGGUGGUGGUGUGGUGUUGCUUGCAUUUCUCCUUCUGUGACUUCUCCUUUGCCCAGUUCCCAAGUAUAUCAUUGACUGUUCCUAAGGCACCACAACCACCACAUCCACAUCAUCCUCAUCCUCAUGUGUGAGAUCCACCACAUGCAGCUAAUAAGACUCCAUAUUCACCACCUCCUGCUCUGUUUCUUCAUCUUCUUCAGAUGAAAGAGGGAUGUGAGGAAGGUUGCUGCUGCUUGGAAUGGGGUGGUGGUGGUGGAGGAUUUGGAGUUGUACCAGCCUUGUGUAGUGGGUCUCACACAUGAGGACAAGGUAGAUUUCACACAUGAGGACAAAGAGGAUCUCAUAUAAAGACAAGGAGGCUCACACACAUGAGGAUGAGGUGAAUCUCACACGAGGAUGAGGAUAAUGUGGCUGUAGUGUCUCGGGAACAGUCAAUAAUAUACCUUGGACUGGGCAAAGGAGAAGCCACAGCAGUAGAAAUGUCAGCAACACCACAGCCCCACCAGCCCUAAAGGAUCUGACAUCCCCAAACCAGCAGCAACACACUUUAUUUGAGUGGUGGAGGAGGCAAUGGUAGCAACAUUAGAGAAGAGGAAGGCAUUAUGGGUCAAGGUGAUCUCUGUCAGACAGACACUCUAGCUAAUCCUAAACAGCAAGACCAUUGGUACUGUUUUUGGUGUCUCCCUGGUUCCUCUGGAAGAAACACAACAUAUGUUAUCACACUUCACAGGGGUAUUGUGAUCCUAGAUUUAUAGACUCUUCUUAAGUAUACACUGAUGUUGCUAUACCAUUAUACCUGAUAAGAGGGUUGACCUAGGCUCGGUAGAUGGCCUCUAAACAUGCUGCUGCUAGGGAGGUCAAGGUCAAUAAUGGCUGUCGUCCUCUUGUUCAUCCUCCUCCUUGGGGAGGGACCGACCUGCCAUCUAGUGUCCUGCAUGAAAUUCACAUGUGCUGUUCAAAUGUGAAUCCUAGUGAGGAUAAAAAUACUUCAUGGAGCAUUUCAUACAGUUUAGAUCAUUACGUUGUAUCUAUUGUGUAAUUUUAUUUGCUCCAAUGGUAAUUACCUACUAUUACAAUAGGAAAAUUUUGCUGUUGAAAGGAUGAAUAGUAAUGAUGAUAAUGGAAGACAAAUUAGCACAUGGUUACCCCCGGAAAAUGAGAUAAAGUAUUUCUGUGUUACUGUUGUGCAUUGUUGUAUCAUCACACUGAAGAUCAGAUAUAGUUGCUUAUUAAAUACUCAUCAAAAAU